GCAAAAGCGACGGCGACGUGAUUUCAAACAGUGAAGUCGACUUGCCGCUGCCGCAUCGCAUCGCACCGCACACCGCAAUCGAAUCGGUAAUCGGAAAAAGCAAAAAGCAAAAGAAUCGGAAAAAGCAAAAGAAUCGGAUCGGAAUAGCCAGCGGUCGAGUUUUGUUUAUACAACCAACAACAACAACAACAUCGACGACAACAACAACAGCAAAAGUAACACCACACCUUUUGCGACGCGUUCGUUUUGCCGUCGCUAAAAGCCCGAGUUAUGAGUUGAUCAUCAUGAACAGCAGCAGCGAAAAAGAGGAAGAAACGAAGACGUAUUCUAAAAAAAAUAAUAUUUCAAGAAACCAAAAUUAAACACGGAGAAUUAAACAAGAGAAUUUCGAGAACAAAUAAAUCUCGUGCACACGCACGUGGGGUUGCAUGUGUGCGUGUGUGCAUCUGUGUGUGUGUGUGAGAAAGAGCAACUAAAACAGCAUCUACAACUACAGCCACAAAACUGCAGCAACGUAUCAACAGCGACGCACACCAACACCAACACAGAUCUGCCGUGGAACUGCUCUGCACCCGCCAAGGCGAGACUUAUAUACAAUAUCCAACAUAUAAUACAACAUAUAUACAAUAUAACGCACUUCAGGAAGUCGGUCUGCGUCCACGCUCACGGCCCCAAAGACUCUAAACACAACACGGAUCGAGUGAAUCACCUUGCCGCAACUAGUCCCAUGCAUCGCAGAAGUCCACAGGUCAAAGGUUAACUGUCGUUCCUAAGCCGCUUGAUGAAUAUUGGCCACGAAAAGCAUCCGCACUUUCGUCCGCAUCCUCAGCUGCAAUCCAGCAGUCGCGCCGCAGAAGCACACCGCCUGGCCGCCCGCGGCUCGGUCAGUCCGUCGAGGUCGUACCUGCCCACACCUGCCGCCCACCGCCACCCCCUGCCAGGCCAUGAGCGGCCACCACCCGCACCCGCACCCGCAACACCACCCACUCCCCCGCAUCUGCCUCCCGCCGACGAGCGGUCUGGAGCGGACCACGACCACCUGAGUCCCGAGUCCGGUCCGAUGGUGAUGACCCCCAGCCGCCGCAGCUCGCCGCCCCUGCCGCCGCUCUCCCUGUCUCACUCGCACUCGCACUCGCACUCGCACGCCCACGGGCACGGGCACCACCACCCGCUGCCCCUGGCGCUCCCGCUGCGCCACCCCCUCGCCCUGAAUGCGGGCGCCGGCGGCCAGCAGCAGCAGCAGCACUCGCCGUCCCGCUCCAGCCAGACGCCGCAGCCGCCGUCGCAGUCGCAGUCGCAGCCGCAGUCGCCGGCGCAGUCGAUGAGCGCCCACUUCUCGCAGCUGGCGCACGCGCAGCUGCACCUGCAGAGCCAGCUGCAGCAGAAGCUGUCGGCCAGCCGGAACAGCGGCGGAUCCGGGAGCGCCGGAUCCGGGAGCGGCGCCUCGCCGGACAGCCUGAACGCCCUCAAUCCGCUGAACCCGCUGAGCGACCUACAGAACAUGCAGCCCUUUGACUUUCGCAAAAUCAGCUCGGCCGCGCUGAGCGCCUUCGCCGGUCCGCUGCCGCUGCCCCAGAGUCCCACGGAGUUCGGGCACCACCACCAGCAGCACCACCAGCAGCACCAGCAGCACCAGCAGCACCAGCACCACCUGCACCGCAGCAACCAGUUCUUCAACGCGAUGGCCAUGGCCUACCACCUGCCGCCGCCGCCGCCACCGCCGCCGCCCGAGUCGCGGUCACCGCCGCCGCCGGGCGUGGCCCAGUACCCGCACCCCCACCCCCAUCCCCAUCCGCACCAGGGAGGAUCGGGAGCGGGGUCGGGAUCGGGGACGGGAGCCGCCGGCGAGGAGUGCGGCGGCAAGCGGGGCAGCGACAAGGGGUCCGCCUCGGGAUCCGCCUCCGGAUCGGGCUCGUGCUCCAACUCGGGCUCCAACUCCGGGGCCGGGUCGCAGCGGAUGACCCGCCUGGCGCUGUCCUCGAACAUGCGGGCCAGCCGGAAGACGCACUCGCCGGGCGGGAACGGGGCCGCCGGCGGGGGGAACAAGCGGCAGUGGGGCUCCAUGCCCGCCAACCUGGGCACCCAGUUCAUCAACCCGGUGACGGGCAAAAAGCGGGUGCAGUGCAACGUCUGCCUGAAGACCUUCUGCGACAAGGGCGCCCUCAAGAUCCACUUCUCGGCGGUGCACCUGCGCGAGAUGCACAAGUGCACCGUGGACGGCUGCAGCAUGAUGUUCAGCUCGCGCCGCUCCCGCAACCGGCACAGCGCCAACCCGAAUCCCAAGCUCCACUCGCCGCACCUGCGGCGCAAGAUCUCGCCCCACGACGGCCGCAGUGCCCAGCCACAUCCGCUCCUGCUCCAGACGCCCAACGGGCUCAUGGCCGGACUGGCGCCCUUCGGCAGCUUCCCGCUGCUGACGCCGCCGCCGGACCUGCGCCACCACGCGAUGGGCGCCGGGUCGGGGUCCGCCGGGGGCGGCGGGGGAGCGGCCGGCGGGGUGGGGGCCCUGGAGCUGAAGCACGGCCAGGACUACCUGCAGCGGUCGUACUUGGACGCCGGCCGCUUCGAGGGACAGCGGCACAAGAUGACGCUGGACAACGAGCACACGGAGGACGAGGACGACGACGAGAUCCUCGAGGUGGGCAUCCACAUGGCCGGCGACGGCGACGACGACGACGACGAGGCUGACGAGGAGGACGACGACGAUGACCCCGAUGGCAUCGUGGUGGUUGGCGACGAGCUGGACAGCAUCAGCAUUCCGCUGGACCACGAGAACGACAAUGAGAACGACGAGAGCGACGAGCGCUCCACGUCCGCGGUGUCUAGUUUGAGUCAAACCAAAGAGCAACCCAGUCCGGGCAAGGCCGUUCAGUCCGGCCUCGAGGAGUGCCACACGCACGCCCACUCCUAUGCCCACUCCCACGCCCACGCCCACUCCCAUGCCCACCCCCAUGACCACGCCCAUGCCCAGGCCCACGCCCACGCCCAUGCCCACGCCCUGGCCCAGAUGGCGGCCAAUAAGCGAAAGCGCAAGAGCCAGAACCCAGUGCGAUGUCCGGUGCAGUCGGACGAGAACUCCGGCGAAAACUCGGUGGACUACGACGUGGCCGCCGAUCUGUCCAUAAAGAAGGUGCGUCUGCCCGCGCAGGCCGCCGCAUCCGCCAAAGAAACGGAGGUGGGCGAGUCCACCAAGUCGAUACCCUCGCCACCCCUCACGCCGUACGGUGAUCUCAGGCCGGUGGGUCUCUGCAUCAAGACGGAGCAGGAUCAGGAGCAGGAGCAGGAGAAGGAGGAGGAGCCCGAUCCGGACCCGCAGCUCAAACUGGAGCAGGGAGGAGAGGAGGAGGGAGAGGGAGAGGAGCAGGAGACGAGGUCAGCUGGCAAGGCGCCGGAUGCAGAGGCGGAGGAGGCUGUGGACACCACUCUGGAUCUCUCCCGGGCAGCGGCCGCCAUCAAGCUGGAGCCGCUGGAGGAGAUUGGCUACGAGGCGGACGAGAAUCGCUAUGUGCGCAUCAAGCAGGAGCUGAUGGGCGGCGAUGAGGAGUCCUUGGCGGAGGAGUCUAGCGCCAAGACUGCCAACCACAACAACAACAAUGUGCGCCGGCAGAGUGGGAACGGAUUGGGUGCACUGGAGGAGCUGGAGGAGCGGGAAGCGGAUCAGGAGCAGGAACAGGAACAGGAAACGGAAACGGAGCCCGAACCGGAGCCGGAACCAGAACCCGAGCCGGAAACGGAGGUGCCCGAGGUGCCCAUCGACAAGGAGAACCCGCUGAAGUGCACCGCCUGCGGCGAGGUGUUCCAGAACCACUUCCACCUGAAGACGCACCACCAGAGCGUGCACCUCAAGCUGCACCACAAGUGCAAUAUCGACGGCUGCAACGCCGCCUUCCCCUCGAAACGCAGCCGCGACCGGCACAGCUCCAACCUCAACUUGCACCGCAAGCUGCUGUCCACCAGCGACGACCACGGGCUGCUCCACGCACCCGGCCUGCCCACGGAUCCGCUGCUGGAGCUGAUGAGUCUCAAUUUGAACAACAACAAGGGCGGCGGAGGCGGUGCUUUUGGCCACUCCACCGCCGUCGGCUCAUCCGCUGGCAUGGGCGGCGGCGUGGGCGUGGGUCCGGCGGUGGGCAGCAUCCAGGCGGAGAUCCUCGCACGCAUCUGCGCUGGAGCCCAUGCCCACGGGCUGAACGUGCCGCUCUGCUUCGAGGCGCUGCAGCACCGCUUCGCAGUGGGCCACGGCCACGCCUAUCCGCUGGUCGACGGCUCCGCCCCCAAUCCCCGCCUGCUGCUCAGCCACGGCGGCGCCAGUCCGCUGCUGUUCGCCGGCCUGCCGCGCCUGCCCCGCUUCCCCCAGCUGACGCCCCACAUGCUGGCCGCCGGAGCCGGGUCCGCCGGACUGGGUGGCCUGGGCCAGUUCUGCAGACGCACCUCCUCCGACUCGAACUCCCAGCACUCGGUCACGCCGCCGCCGUCGGCGUCGAAGAGGUCCCGCUCGCGGUCCGGCUCCCCGGACUGCAUUCAUCCGCAUCAGCAUCCGCAUCAGCAUCAGCAUCCGCACUCGCAUCCGCAUCCGCAUCCCGUGGAGGCGGCCUUGGGCAUGGGCAUUGGCGUGGGCGUGGGCGUAGGCGUCGGAGUGGGCGGAGGCGUGGAGGAGGCGGGUCAGCGGCAGAGCCCCGAUCGCAUAUCAUGACCAUGUACCUCGUACUAUGCCAAGGCGUUGGCAUUUUAUCACUAAGAGCCCUCAUGUCAUGCAGCGCACACACUUUGGAAGUCAGAUGCAGAUGUACACCACACAUAGAUAUAGAUGCAUUGCUCAUGGUCACGUCGAGGAUCGAAGAUCGAGGAUCGAGGAUCGCGAGGGUCUUGGUUCGUCUGCCGCUCAUUAAUACGAAAAUACUUUCACUUAGGCUAAUGCUAAAAUAAAAUAUUAGAUGGAUCAACUAGCAUUUUUUUUUUCUAUACUUAAAUAUACAUACAAUAUAUAUAUAUAUAUAUAUGAGUCCCUUUUUUUUAAAUUGUACUUAUGAAAACUGAUGUUCUGUGUACAAGCGUCGUGUUGUAGAGAAUUUAUAAAUGGCAAAGAAAUAACAAGUACUAAAUAAAUAAAUAACGAUACAUAUUGUUAGUGAUACUCGAUUAUGUAAGUUAAUAGCCACUAAGCAGCGCCUACUGGUAUCGUGAGUAAUUUUUUUUUUUAUUCUAACUGAAAUAUUAAGUGUGUUGUAUAUGAUAUGCCGAUGGCAGUGCCGAUGCAAAUAGAAUGAGUCAACAACGACGAAGCGCUUGAUAUAAGGAACGAACAAAAUUUGAUUGCAGAUCGCUGAUUGCAGAUUGCCGUUUACCGAACUGGGUCUCCCAGGAUCACUCAUUAAAAGUCCUCAUGAUCCAAAUCGAAAGAGUUUUGUUGUUUUUUUUUAUUACAAGAAAUCCUAAAGUAAUUAUGUAGUCGGUUAGUUAGUUCUGAAACAGUAACCAGACAAAUACCUUCAACUCAUAUUUAAGCUAUAUAUGUUUGCAAUAAAAUAUCUGAAAAUUCUUAAA